CCCCUCCCACACACACAAUGGCCUCCUCCUCAUCAGUUGGAGAUAAUCAACUGCAGAGGAUAAUCAGAGAUCUGCAUGAUGCUGUGUUAGAGUUAAGUAAAGAACACAAGGAGUGUGGUGAACCCAUAACUGAUGACAGCGGCAACCUGCACAAGUUUUUCUAUAAACUAGAAUACCUGCUACAGUUUGACCAGAAAGAAAAGACAACCUUUCUUGGCCAGAGGAAAGACUACUGGGAUUAUUUCUGCGAGUGCCUGAUUAAGAUCAAGGGAGCUAACGAUGGCAUCCGUUUUGUUAAAUCCAUCCCUGAGCUAAAAACAUCACUGGGGAAAGGAAGGGCUUUCAUCCGCUACUCACUCGUCCACCAGCGUCUUGCUGACACACUGCAGCAGUGUCUUAUAAAUCAGAAGGUCACAAGUGACUGGUAUUAUGCCCGAAGCCCCUUCCUCAAGUCUCACCUCACUGCUGACAUAAUAAACCAUCUUUAUGAGCUCAACCAGAUCCAAUUUGAUGUUGCAGCCAGAGGUUACGACCUUGAUGCUGACUGGCCAAACUUUGCAAGGCGAACAAUAGGUGGUGCCUCAUCAGCUUUCCUGUGGAGGGCUCCCAGUCGCUGCUCCAGCAUCAACAGCUUGGUUAGCAGCUAUUCGCACUCACAGGCACAGGAGUUUCUCCCAAUCCCAGACUUGAGUCACAGUCUCCUCGGUGAUCUGGGAGAACUGGGGGAGCCCUCUGCGUGCAGCAUUGCAGACAAUCUCCGUGUUGAGCUCGACCAGUCAGAACUGAGACAGCAAGAGCUUUUGGUACGAGUUGAGGAGUUAGGGAAGGAGUCUGCUCAGCUGAAAGAUGUAGUGAAAGACCUUCAAGGCCAGCUAUCAGCAGCUCAGAAGACCUCUGGCCAAUCUCUAUCUUCAGAGCCCAAAACUAACACAGAUAUAACUAACCAGGACGGAGCCAGUAAUCAUCAAACUUGUAGGGAAGCAAUAAACAGUGAACUUAAAGACAGACUCACAGCCGCUGAGAACAAAAAUAUGGAACUUUUGUCUAAAUUGGACGAGGCUCUAAAAGAAAAGGGCCAGCAAACAGCUAGCUACUGUGAUUCAGCCUGGAAAAUCCAGGAUCUCCUGGAUAAACUCAAGACUGCAGAGGAGGAGAGGUUGGAGGCCAAGAGAGAGGCUGAGGACAGGGCCAGGCAUUCUGAGCGUCUGUCUCAGGAACUAAAACUCAGGGAACAAGAGCUGAGAAGCUGUGAGGAGAAGCUGGCUGAAGUAAAAGCCGGGGCCCAUGAUGAGCAGGAGGAGGCCCUCAAACGGUUGGAGGAGCUCCAAGGUGCAGUUGGUCGAAUUCAGGGGGCACUGACAUUGAAAGAGAAAGAGACAGGAAACUUGAGAGCCCAGCUUCAGGAUCUGCAAGCCUCACUGGAGUGCAGAGAACGACAAGCAGAUGAUCUAAGGAAAAGACUGCAGGAAGAGAGGCAGGAGGUCGAGCAAAGGUGUAGCACAAGUAGCAGCCAGAGUGAAACGCUAGAGAGCCAGCUCCUGGAUUUAAGAAAAACUCUCAAAAACAGAGAGAAAGAGCUCUCUGUUGGCUCAGAGAGAAUCAAGCAUUUAGAGGAGCAGUUGGAAAAGCUUAAUGUUGAGAAGGAAAGUCUGAUCUCAAGGCUUUCUGAUAAUGAAGUAAAUUCCUGCGAUCAAGCAGAGAACCUUGAGGACUACAAAACCCAAUGCAGCAAUCUCAUGGAAAUAAACACUAAGUUACUCCAAACAAUUAAGAAGAGUGAGGAGAGCACUACAGAGCUGGCUGCGAACAGGGCAGCCUUGUUAGACCAGCUAGCUGCCUUGAGGGCCUCUGAGACCCACUUAAAGGGGAGGGUUGAAACUGCCAAGCUGUGUGUUGAAGACAGAGAGAAGAAGCUUUUAGAUGAAAACCUGCAAUUGGAGGAGAUUGUGCAGAAGACACUCGUCCAGAAGGAAGCGUUAGAUGCUCAGUUGAAGAGGUUUGAGCAUGAAAAUGAGGAGCUUCUUGAGGUUCAGUCCUCAUUGAAAAAACAGUUAGCCAAAACUCAAGAGGAACUUGACUCGCUUACUGCCAAAGCUUCAAGGUUGGAGAAAAACCUCACAGCAUCCCAAAGAAGCCAAGCAGACUUACUUGAAAAACUCCAGGAAACUGAGUCUAAACUCAGAGACCAGACUGUUAAAUGUGGUCUUCUGCAGGUGAGAGCCGAGGAGCUGGAGAGCAGGAAUGGGGAAGUGCACGAUGAAAAAGGAGCUGCGGAGAGCAAUGAAAAAAUGCAGAAGCUUCACGAUCAGCAUCAGACAUCCUCAGUGGAAACCAAAGAGGCCCCUUUUAGAUUGGUGAUAGCUGAAGCCCAACUGGAACUCAACCUGCGGGAGGUGCACCGGCUCCGGGAAGAGGUGGUGGAGCUCAGGGCUCAGCUGCUGGCAGGGACUGAGGAGAGGAUGAAAGCUCAGGCCCUUCAGGAAGUGACAGACUCCUCCAGAGAAGACCUCCGUGUCUUAGCAGAACAACUUAAGGUCCAGGUAGAGGAGCUAAAUCGCCGACAUGUUGAGGAGAUUCUACAUUCCCGGGAGCGAGAGGAGGCUCUUGUUCGUGAGCGAGACGGUGAAGCUCAGGCUCGGGCAGGUCUGGCUACAGAGGUGACAUCCACCAGAGAGGAGCUGAAUAAGCUUAAGCUGCGUUAUGAAGCCUUAUGUAUGGAGAACAGUGAAUCCAGAGAAGCACUGCAUAGAGCCAACACAGAAACAGCUGAACUUGGUGUGCAUGUGUGUAUGUUAACUGCUGAGAACGAAGAGGCUCGUCUUCGCUGGGAAGGCCUGUCAACAAAGCUGCAUGAGCUGGAGAAGGAGGCAGCUCAGGAGUCAGAGAGAUUGAAUACCUGUGUGGUGGAGUUGCAUCAAGAGAACCAGCAGCUCCUCAGUAAGCUCAAUAAGGAAGAAGGUUUGUUUGCAACCAAGCAGGAGCUGCAGGAAGAGCUGAACAAGGCCCAGCAGGAGGCUGAAGCUGUGCAGGAGACGAGCCAGGAGGAGAUUCAUGCACUCCGGUUCCAAAUCAGCAGCCAAGCCAUGAGCCAUGGCAGCCAACUUGAGAGUGUGAAUCGGGAGUUACAGGAGGUGAGAUUACAGCUGGCGACUGAGCAGGAGAAGGUUGUCGACCUGGAGAACAAACUAAAACAGCUAGAGGCUGAGAAUCAAAGACAUUGCCAACAGAUUGAGGAGAAAAACAUCCAGAUGGCCCAGUGUGAAAAUCUCAUCCAGCAGAAAGAAGACGAGAUAAUCCAUCUGAAAGGGAAUUUAUCAAGAUCUCAGGAGGACCUAGCAAGAACUCAGCGGGCCUGUCAGGAGUUGACUGAAAAUCUACGGAGAAUCACACAGGACAAGCAGAACUUUGAUUUUAAGACAGCUGCUGAACUUGAUGAUCUCUACCGCACCAAAAUAAAUUUGGAGGAAAGGCUUGUAGAACUCAUCAGGGAGAAAGAUGCACUGUGGCAGAAGACGGAUGCUCUGGAGUUUGAGCAGAAACUGCGGGAUGAGGAGACAGAGAGGGACGUCAACUACUGUUUGGACUGUCACAGUCAGUUUAGCUGGUGGAUCCGCAAGUAUAACUGCAGACUGUGUGGGCGUCCCUUCUGCUACUACUGCUGCAGCAACACAGUGAGCACCCAGCAGGGCAGCCGAGAACGCUGCUGCAGGGACUGUUAUAACCAGCACAGCGCAGUAGUCGAGCGCCACCCACAGGAGAACCUGACCGCCAACACGCUAGGCACACCUUUCAGCCAUCUGCUGCAGGCUGGGAGAGCUGCGAUGAGUGUUUCAGGGGCAGAUGAAGGUGACAAGCUGGAGGAUGGUGUUUUUGACAUUAUCACAGAGGAGGAAGUGAGUGGGGUCUACGACAGCGACUCCCUCUCUUUUUCCACCGCCUGCUCUCCUGGACACGGACAGCAGGGGGCAGCACAACUAAAAAGCAGUGCCAGUGCAGGAGACAUUGCAUCAGAAGACACUGAGGACCUCAGUGCUGCAGUACAGGAUGCAGAGAUCUGCCUGCUAAAGUCUGGAGAACUUACGCUCAGAACAGGCUUCACAGUGGAUGACAUCUCCGGGUUUGGGGACAGCUCUCGAGAGCUUUUCAUUAAGUCCAGCUGUUACAGCACCAUCCCCAUCACCAUGAGCAGUCCUGGCUCCACCGUCACCUGGACAUUUACCUCUGAACCUAAGAGCAUCUCCUUCAGUGUGGUCUACAGGGAGAGCACAGAGACUCCAUUGGAGCAGGCUAAGGUCUUGAUCCCACUGACCCGCUGCAACUCCCACAAGGAGACAAUCCAAGGGGAAAUGAAAGUCAGAAACCCUGGAGAAUACACACUCAUCUUUGACAACUCCUUUUCCAGGUUCAUCUCAAAGAAAGUGCUGUACCAUCUGAGUCUAGACAAGCCUGUGGUCUAUGAUGGAAGCGACCUCCUGUGAGCGUGACAGGACACAGGACAAAGCAGGUGUAAAACUGACUCUUGACACAUUAUUCAAGGUGUUCAAGCUCAUACACAUGAUUGUGCCCAAGUCUGCUGAUGUGCAGCAACCUCAGUGAAAGGUUAUGGCAUAUUAAAAACGUCUCUGACAGUUAGCUCCUGCUUAUGAGGUGUUCAGAUCAUGGCAAGGCUGAACAAAAGCUGAAAGAAAUGAAGUAAAUCAGUGUUACUCUACUGAAUGUGAGCAUGCACUACCUUUUGUAACAGCGUGAAGUUUAAAUGUAGGAUGAAGCAUAUCGAACUACACUGGAACUGACUGGAGGUUUGUUACUCAUUUGAAUGUGAGGGACUUGUGUGUGCACACAUACAGGUUUGCUGGCACCUACAGAUGUAAAAUCUGUAGGCAACUUUUGUUUUUACUGCAUUACUGCAGAAAUUAAGCUGCUUUUGUGCUUUAUCUUGCGGUGGAAUUCUUUGAUAAAUUAAGUUUUGUUCCUAUUCCCUAUUAUACUGGUCUCAUGAAAUAAAACUGCUGGUAUUAAAAUGGGAACGCGUGCUCUCUGCAUAGCAACUAAAACAUUUCCUCCUUGUAGCGGACGAUCUAUCACAGUAAAUGCAAAUUUAUUUUGUGGUAUUGAUAUAUAUUAAUAUAUGAAUGUCAGUUGCUUUUAGUGAAUCCAGAACAUUAAAUACCUGUCAAAUUUUGUGGUUUGGAGAUGAAAUCCUACACCACACACAGCUUUGUUUAAACCAGGCAAAUUUGCCUAAACUUUUGCAAGUAGAAAAGCUUAACCCUUAUUUAACUUGGACUUUAACGGAAUUUGCUUUACUAAGUUAUAGUAACCAUUAACUAACCAUUUCAAGUAAGUGAGUCUUAAAACUGGUGUGUGGAUGUGAUGACGGUGUAGAAUAAGCCUUUAGUGAUGGAGAAACUGUUCUCGCACUAUGUGUGUCCAUAUGAUGACCCAUAAUCUGUUUUAAAGUUCACACUCAUGACUCAUAUUUUUAAGAUUGUUGCCUUUUCAGUUGUCAGAGAUGAUAAGAUAUCGGUUUGUUGUGAUGCAAUCAUGAUGAAGCAUAACUGGAAGAAGCAGGACUUCUGCAAAAGCUACAGUAUUACCACUUUAUGCGGUUAUAUUUGUCUCUUUAGAAAAGUGGCUUUAAUAAGUGCAGGGUUUCUGAUAAUAGCAGUUGAACAAAGAGGAAAUUGCGGAUACUGUUUGCUGUUCCUCUACAAUUUCUAUGCAUGCAAACACUAAGAAUGUGUAAAUGUUUCCCCAACUUAACCCUUGAAGGGUAAACCGAGGGAGCACAUAUCAAGAUGUUAAAUAUCAAAGUUACAGUGCUUUAAAUAUUUAGUUAUCACUUUGAGCUUAACUUGAAAUAUAACAGGGAGGAUUUUUCAUUCAUUUUAACGAGUAUAUGAUCUUAUCUCAUGACGUACGUAAAGCCUUU